CUGCCGCAGAGCCGCCCCGCGCCUCCUGCUCGCAGCGUCUCCGGGAGCCGGCGGCCCCCGCCGCCUGCCCGCCAGGAUGGAGCAAACAUGUGAUGAUAUAGAUGAAAUGUUCAGCAAUUUACUUGGGGAGAUGGACAUACUGACCCAGAGUUUAGGAGUGGAGACUGUACAACCUCCAUCCCCCAAAGUGUCCAACAAUGAAUUUAGCUUUACAGUUGGUUUUAAAGAUUUAAAUGAAUCCCUAAGUGCCCUAGAGGACAAAGACCUGGAUGCUUUAAUGGCUGAUCUUGUAGCAGACAUAAAUGAGGUUGAACAGAGAACUUUACAAGCCCAGAAAACUUCUGGGAACCAGCAAAGUACAGUCACUCAGGCUUCAACAGGCUUGGAUCGUGACAUUUAUUCUAAAUCAAGUCCUUAUGUUACCAUUACUGGACAGUUUGGGGAUGACUUACCCCCUCCACCUCCAGGCCCUGAUUUAGACCUUCCACCACCACCACCACCUCCUCCUCCUGAGCCACUCACCCAGGAAGAACAAGAGGCACAGGCUAAAGCUGACAAGAUUAAGCUCGCAUUGGAGAAACUGAAGGAAGCCAAAGUUAAAAAGCUUGUUGUCAAGGUGCACAUGUACGAUAACAGCACAAAGUCACUAAUGGUGGAUGAGCGUCAGGUGACACGGGAUGUUUUAGACAAUCUGUUUGAGAAAACCCAUUGCGACUGCAACGUUGACUGGUGUCUGUAUGAAAUGUACCCAGAGCUGCAAAUUGAAAGGUUUUUUGAAGACCAUGAAAAUGUUGUUGAAGUGUUAUCAGACUGGACUCGAGACACUGAGAAUAAGAUUCUGUUUUUGGAAAAAAGUGAAAAAUAUGCUUUAUUUAAAAAUCCCCAGAAUUUCUACCUGGCAAGCAAAGGGAAGAAUGAAAGCAAAGAAAUGAAUGAUAAAAACAAAGAGGCUUUACUGGAGGAAAGCUUCUGUGGGACAUCUGUCAUUGUGCCAGAGCUUGAAGGGGCCCUUUACUUAAAAGAAGAUGGAAAAAAGUCCUGGAAGAGGCGUUAUUUUCUUCUACGAGCUUCUGGAAUUUAUUAUGUACCCAAAGGAAAAACCAAGACAUCACGGGAUCUGGCAUGCUUCAUUCAGUUUGAGAAUAUGAACGUUUAUUAUGGUUCUCAACACAAAGUGAAAUAUAAGGCACCUACAGAUCACUGCUUUGUCUUAAAGCACCCCCAGAUUCAAAAAGAGUCGCAAUACAUCAAGUACUUAUGCUGCGAUGAUCAAGCAACCCUGCAUCAGUGGGUAACAGGAAUAAGAAUUGCCAAGUAUGGCAAGACACUAUAUGAUAAUUACAAAUGUGCAGUGAAGAAAGCUGGCUUGUCCUUGCGGUGGACAAAUCAAGGGAUGGUGGAACCAGCUGCCCCUGCAGGAUCCUUUGCAGCAGGUGCUGUUCAGUCAAAUGGACAGAUUCCCCAAAUAGUUCGUCGUUCCAGUGCAGAAUUUCCAGAGACUCAGAAGAAAGUGGACAUGUUGGAGGUACAGGAUAAGUCAAAUAACGUCAGUGCACCUGGCCUGGCACAGUCGGUGAUGAGGCCACAGAAAUACCAGAGCAGGGGGAACUCACUGCAGCCCCCUCCUCCACCUGAAAGGCGGUCAUCUGCUAUUUCUGUUUCACCAAUUCUACCCUCCAAAAUCAAACGAGACAGCGGCGUUUUCCUAACAGAUCCAGACAGCUUUCCAGCACCACCACCUACACUGAAGAUUGAUUUUCCACCACCACCACCACCACCAUCUGAUUUCUGUGAACCUCCUCCUGAUUUUGUGCCUCCACCACCACCAGCAUCCAGCAGUGGUAAUGUAGACCUGCCAUUACCCCCUCCACCUCCACCUGUCUCCAGUAAGCCACCACCUCCGACAAAGAAACCUGUGCCACUUCCUUCAAAAAGGCUAGAAAACACAGGACAAGCUGGAGAGCCACGGUCAGCUGGGCCACCUCCAAUAGGGGGUGGAGGCAAGCAAGCAGAUUUCAUGUCUGACCUAAUGAAAGCUCUUGAGAAGAAAAGGGGCAGCAAUUCCUGAACUCUGGGAGCAGGUGGACUUCAAGCCAUAGCUGGUUUUGUGAGGCAUCAUGGAAAGUUGUGCUGGGUCAGGCUCCUCCAGGAGGAAUUCUCCUUCAGAGUUCCUCCUGGGGGUCUAAAGAAGUGAGGUGAAGUGCCCUCUGUCCCCCACUUUGUCCCUAUAACCUGGUGUGCGCCCCUGCCCCCCCCC